AUGGACGAUUUGCAUAUGCAACAAGACUCCCGGCUUAACUCAACCUCAAGCUCUUUCAAACUCGACGAAGGAUUCGCUGAAGAUUCACAGCAACAUGGAGACCAGAUACAGAACAGUUUCGUAGCAUGGUUGAACACUCAAUCCGACGAAGCAAAGGCUGACAUAGCCUACGAGAUCCUGCGCACUCUGCGCUCAACCGACAUAGCAGCGGUUGUCGAAAGGCUUAAUCCCCUCCUACACAUGGACCCUAUCGAGAAACUACCGCCCGAGAUCAUCUCGCACGUCUUCUCGCACCUCGACGCUUCGACUCUGCUCACGGCUUCUCUGGCAUCAUCUACAUGGCGGGAGAGAAUACUCGAUCCGAGGUUAUGGCAGGAUCUUUAUAAGUCAGAAGGUUGGGGUAUUGACGCGCAAGAGGUCAGACGCUUCGAAGAGGCAUAUUCAGAUUCUGCACACAAUGAGUUCAAGAGAGGAACGGGUGAGAGGAGAAGACCUUCUGCACAAAAAGGCCAAUCACUAUUCAAGCGAAGAGCUACCUCAGACUGGCUGAAGUCUACUCCGAGACGUGUCUCUACAGACGUCGCGGGCUGGAAAGAACAACAUGGCAUCGUCGAGGCUGACAUGGAUACUGCUCACGAGAAAGAGGAUGAGAUCAUGGCCGAUGUGACUGCACAGUCGCCUCAAAGGCCGAACAAGCGAUCAAGUCAAGAUUCGGGUGAUGAGAUGUAUCUUGACCAUAAUUCCAGCCCACCGAUUGACCCUCUACCUGCAUCUAAUUUGAUCCUGCUUGACGAUUCCGGAUAUGGCCGUAUGGACUGGGCAUACCUUUACAAGCAACGUCAAAAGCUGGAAAACAAUUGGCUCAAAGGCCGCUUCACCAACUUUUCCCUCCCACACCCCAACUAUUCGCACGAAGCUCACAGCGAGUGUGUGUAUACCAUACAAUUUUUCGGCAAAUGGUUAGUGAGUGGUAGUCGAGACAAGACACUAAGGGUCUGGGACUUGGACACGCGGCGACUACGUGGCAAGCCACUUGUGGGCCAUUCUCAAUCCGUCCUAUGUCUACAAUUCGACCCGACACCACAAGAAGACAUCAUUGUUUCUGGAAGCAGUGACUCUAGCAUCAUUAUCUGGAAGUUCUCCACUGGUCAGAAAGUCCAAACAAUCCAGCACGCUCAUGACGAAUCUGUACUCAACUUACGUUUCGACCGUCGAUACUUGGUGACGUGCUCGAAGGACAAGAACAUCAAAAUUUGGAAUCGACAUGCUCUCCUGCCUACUGAUCCGGAUUAUCCAACUGCAAGGACCGGUUCAGGUGUCUUUGUACCUACACAUAUCAUUGACAUCAGGAGGUUAGAUAUCAAUCUGCUUGAAGCAGGCAUGGCUAGUGGUGUCUACAAAAGUCUGAAGCCAUACACGCAUCUUAUGACUCUCGAUGGUCACAACGCGGCCGUUAAUGCUAUUCAGAUUCACGGCAAUACGAUCGUCUCCGCCAGUGGCGAUAGACUUAUCCGAAUUUGGGAUCUCUCUACUGGUCAUUGUACAAAGGCUGUCCCUGGUCAUCAGAAAGGUAUUGCUUGUGUACAGUACGAUGGUAGAAGAAUAGUCAGUGGCAGCAGUGACAAUACUGUUCGCAUAUAUGACGCCACUACGAGCACCGAGGUUGCUACCUUGCUCGGCCAUACCAACCUUGUGCGGACCGUGCAAGCCGGGUUUGGUGACGGUCCCGGCAUCGAAGCAGAGGAGCUCGCUGCUGCUCGAGCAGCGGAGCAAAAGUACGAAGAAGAUGUCGAGUCUGGGAGACUCGUCGAAGAUCGCUUGUAUAGUCGCCGCUUGCGUAACGGAGAUUUUGGAACAUCACGACUUACCAUCGGAUCGCGCCUACCUCCUGGCGGAGGCGGCAGCAAAUGGGCACGGAUCGUGUCUGGAUCCUACGACGAAUCGAUCAUCAUCUGGAAGAAAGACUCGCUUGGUCAUUGGGUAGUCGGGCAAACUCUUAAGCAAGACGAGAAUACACAAAGCAGUAUUGAUGGCAAUGCAAAUGCUCAUACAACAGCAGCACGCACCUCACGACGAACAAGACCUCGACCUGAAGAUACUGCCGAACGGCCAUUACUAAAUGACCCUUUUGGCCUGCGGCGACCUAAUACUGCUCCUGAUCAUGUAGCUGUGAGCAAUACUGCAAGCUUGGGAAAUGGCAAUGUGAUGACUGCUUCACAAAUCAUGCAAGCUGCCAUGAACACAUCUCUCGCAAGUGUGCAGACUGGUGUGCGGAAUAUUACCAACAUUAGCACUAUGCUUGGUGGUAGCUCAACUCGUCCAGCUGUUCAAACUGCAGUCAAUCAAAUCACGACGCAAAUGCAAAGCACCACUAACAGUGCCUCCAGUACUGCCACCAGAGAGGCGCAUCCAAACAACACCUCGGGUGAACCGUUGGGAAGCUCGAACGCUCGCAGUCAACAAGCGACCGCUACCAGAACGCAGCCCCAAAAUACUCAAACCAACACAGCACCGCAGCAACAGCAGCAAGCUCAGGGGCAGAGUGUGAGCAGGGUCUUCAAACUCCAGUUCGAUGCCCGCCGAAUCGUGUGUUGUAGUCAGGACAGUCGCAUCAUCGGCUGGGAUUUUGCCAAUGGUGAUCCAGAGAUCGAAGAAUGCGCUAAAUUCUUCAUCGGUCCAUAA